AUGCCUCGACAAUUCUCAGAGCCCGUUCACGAGGAAAAAGGCCGGGAGAUCAACAUACUUAGAGACGAGAACAAGAAAAAGAUCGAGAAAAAUGAACACGAGAUGGAAGCUUUACCAUUUCACAAGCUUUUGAGCUAUGCGGAUGCGUUUGAUUGGACCUUGAUGGGGCUCGGGAUGCUGGGGUCUAUUGUUCACGGCCUGGCUCAGCCCGUAGGUUAUCUCUUGCUUGGCAAAGCCCUCAACGCUUUUGGUAACAAUAUCAACGACACUCAUGCCAUGGUUAAAGCUCUUCUUAAGGUUGUACCAUAUGUUUGGUACAUGGCUAUAGCGACACUUCCCGCAGGAAUACUAGAGAUUGGAUGCUGGAUGUACACAAGUGAGAGGCAGGUAUCACGUUUGAGACUCACAUUCUUGAGGGCUGCCCUUAGCCAAGAGAUUGGGGCAUUCGACACCGAUUUAACAGCCGCGAAAGUCAUCACCGGUAUGAGCAACCACAUGAGUGUCAUACAAGACGCCAUCGGAGAAAAGUUGGGUCAUUUCAUGGCUAGCAUGGCAACAUUCUUCUCAGGAGUGUUGAUUGCUUUCAUAUGCUGUUGGGAAGUUUCACUCUUAGCCUUAUUUAUUGUCCCCAUGAUUCUCGCCAUUGGAGCUACUUAUACCAAGACUAUGAACACUAUUUCUGCAGCAAAGAUGUCGUUCCUAGCCGAUUCCACGUCCAUCGUAGAAGAGACAAUAUCCCAAAUUAAGACAGUGUUUGCAUUUGUGGGUGAGAUCUCAGCAAUCAAAUCUUUUUCCAAUUGCUUGGAGAGUCAGUUGAGUUUGAGCAAGAAGGAAGCGUUUUCAAAAGGAAUUGGAACCGGUUUGUUCCAAAUGGUGACAUUCUGUUCAUGGGCGCUGAUCGUAUGGGUUGGAGCCGUAGUUGUUGUGUCCAAGAGAGCCACUGGAGGCGAUGUCAUUGCAGCAGUCAUGAGCAUCCUAUUUGGAGCCAUAUCACUCACUUAUGCUGCACCAGACAUGCAAGUAUUCAAUCAGGCAAAAGCUGCAGGAUUUGAGGUUUUUCAAGUGAUCAAUAGAAAACCUCUACUGAUAAUCUAUGACAAAAAAGGAAAGAUUCUUCAAAAUUUACGAGGUGAUAUCGAUAUCCACGAUGUUCACUUUGUUUACCCAUCUCGCCCGCAGAAAACCAUCCUUCAAGGAUUGUCAUUAUCGAUUCCUGCUGGAAAAGUUGUCGCCUUUGUAGGCAGCAGCGGGUGUGGGAAGAGUACCAUUCUCUCCUUAUUGCUUAGACUCUAUGAUCCCUUGAAAGGUGAAAUUCGAAUAGAUAACAUUGACAUCAAGGAUUUCGAUCUAAAGUUUCUUAGGAAAAACAUAGGAAUAGUCUUCCAAGAACCGUCGCUUUUUUCCGGUACUAUAAUGGAUAACAUGAAGGUGGGAAAUGCGGAUGCUGAUGACGAAAAUAUCAUAAGUGUCGCAAAGAUGGCAAAUGCGCAUUCGUUCAUAUCUCAAUUGCCAAACAAGUACUCAACAGAUGUUGGCCAGAGAGGGGUGCAACUUUCAGGUGGUCAAAAACAGAGGAUUGCGAUAGCAAGAGCCGUUCUAAAGGAUCCGCCAAUUCUUUUGCUCGACGAGGCCACGAGCGCGCUUGAUUCGGAGUCGGAGAAGCUCGUGCAAGAUGCCCUCGAGACUGCAAUGAGAGGAAGGACCGUUGUGUUAAUAGCGCAUAGAUUAUCCACCAUAAUCAACGCGGAUAUGAUUGCGGUUGUUGAAAACGGACAAGUUACCACGACGGGAACUCAUCGUAACUUGUUGGAAUCUAGCCCUUUCUAUAGCAACUUGUUCAACAUGCAAAAUGUCGUUAAUGUAGAAACCAAUACAAGGUUUGUUUCUACAAUGGAUCAAGAAACAACAACGCAUGAUUCUUUAAAUCUUGAGGGAGAUCAUGAACAAAUAUACAAGCAUGAUCACCAUGCACCGGUUUCAUUCGUCGAAGAGAAGGAGCAUACUCGAAACGGGGAAGCCAAAAUAUUCUUUAGGAUUUGGUUUGGCUUGAAGAAAACCGAGUUUGUGAAGAUCGCUUUCGGGUCAUUCGCAGCAGCAUUCUCCGGCAUUUCGAAGCCCGUGUUUGGUUACUAUAUCAUCACAAUAGGCGUCGCUUACUACAAUCACGACGCCAAGAAUAAAGUUGGAGUGUUUGCGGUUAUGUUUUCUUGUAUAGGACUACUCUCCUUGUUUAGUCACUCAUUGCAACAUUACAUCUUCGGUGUAAUUGGGGAGAAGGCCAUGACGAACCUUAGACGAUCUCUAUAUUCAUCGGUUUUGCGUAACGAAUUGGCUUGGUUCGAGAAGCCCGAAAAUAGUGUUGGCUCACUUACUUCCCGGAUUAUGAAUGAUACGUCUCUAGUUAAAACGGUCAUAGCCGAUCGAAUGUCCGUGAUUGUUCAAUGUGUCUCGUCUAUACUAAUAGCAACCACGGUUAGCAUGUAUGUCAAUUGGAGAAUGGGUCUUGUAGCUUGGGCUGUUAUGCCAUGCCAUUUCAUUGGAGGUCUGAUUCAAGCCAAGUCCGCUAAAGGUUUCUCGAGCGAUUUCGCUUCUUCCCACUCGAAAAUGGUCGCUAUAGCCUCCGAAGCCACGACAAACAUAAAGACGGUUGUGUCGUUUUGCUACGAAGAACGCGUGCUUGAGAAAGCCAAAGCGUCUUUAGAUGAUCCAAUGAGGAAGUGUAGGAUUGAGAGCAUCAAAUAUGGUGUCAUUCAAGGAGUGUCACUUUUGUUAUGGAAUAUAGCUCAUGCGGUUGCUCUUUGGUACACAGCAAUUCUAGUUGAUAGAAAACAAGCGAGUUUCGAGAAUGGAAUAAGAUCUUAUCAAAUCUUUUCGUUAACCGUUCCUUCAAUAACCGAGUUAUGGACGCUUAUCCCCACAGUUGUAUCCGCGGUUAGUGUUUUAACUCCGGCAUUCGAAACUCUAGACCGACAAACUGAUAUCGAACCGGACAAGCCCGAAGGAGGUGAUGUUGAGUUCGUCAAAGGGGAGAUUGAGUUUAAUAAUGUGUAUUUCAACUACCCAUUAAGACCGGAAAUUAAUAUACUUAACGGUUUCAAUCUAGAAAUCGCGGCAGGCACUCGAGUGGCACUUGUCGGGCCGAGUGGUGCGGGGAAGUCGUCGGUAUUUGCUUUACUACUAAGAUUCUAUGAUCCUAGAGAAGGAAGUAUAAAGAUUGAUGAGAAGAAUAUAAGAGAUUAUAAUUUGAGAAAACUAAGGAAACACAUUGGGCUAGUGCAACAAGAGCCACUUCUGUUUAGUUUCUCAAUUAAAGAGAACAUAUGUUACGGGAACGAAGCUGUUUCGGAAGCCGAGAUCAUUGAGGCGGCGAAAGAGGCGAAUAUACACGAAUUCGUGAGUAAUCUCAACGAUGGAUACGACACAUUAGUCGGGGAAAAAGGAUGUCAACUUUCAGGAGGACAAAAACAAAGGAUAGCCAUAGCAAGGAUUCUUUUAAAGAAACCGGCCAUAAUGCUCUUGGAUGAAGCAACGAGCGCUCUCGACGCCGAGUCGGAAAGAGCCGUCAUAAGGGCCUUGGAAUCAACGACAAUUAGUACUCGGAUAACCGUAGCGCAUCGAUUGUCGACGGUUGUGAAUUCAGAUUCCAUAGUCGUGAUGGACAAUGGUUUUGUUGUGGAGACCGGAACACAUUCUUCGCUUGUGGAAGCAAAGGACGGUCUUUACUCCAAAUUUUAUCGCCUUCAAAGCUUUGCACACACAUAA